UCGCACAGAGGGAGGCGGCCCUGGAAGUGGAAUAACAACACAACCAGAUCUCGACGCCUUGCACUUUGCAAACUCUUUGCAUUUCUACUUUAAUGAUCCCUCUGUCUUGCAUGCAAUUCUAUCGAAUUGUGAGGUUAUUGUCAUGCGAUCAUAAUGACCUGUUUGUAGCGCUAGUGUCCGCCCUGUGAUUGCGCUUUGAUGUAGGCCUAGAGGCCGAUCAGAGAUCAGAUUACAUGCUUUAGAUCGCAGCCAUCCCCUGCCUUUGAUCUCCACGCUGAUUUUGUCUUCAAUCCGGGGAUUCCUCUGGACUGGAGCAGCGCAGCCGGGCAGAGAGCGCAUCGCAUGGCUGGAAUGGUCUGGAGCCCUAUGCAGAACGCAUAGGAGUGGAUAUCUGUCUGAAACUACACUCAUUCAGCCAGGGAAAUAACAACUAAAGAACCGAUCAGACUACAGCAGCACAUCCCAGACUCAUUCCACAGUAGCCCCUCAAAAUGGCCUGGAUGUUUGGUCACACCUGGUUACUUCUACUGACAUUUCAUGUAAUAUACUCAUCUCUGGUUCCUGUAACGGCAGAGGAGGAGACCAGUGAAUGCAGGGAACAGGAGUACAAGGAUCAGCUUGGGAACUGUAAACCCUGCAAGCAGUGCGACGCGGGACAGGAGCUAUCAAAGGAAUGUGGCUUUGGUUACGGAGAGGAUGCCCGGUGUGUGCCCUGCAGAAGCAACCGCUACAAAGAGGACCGGAGCCUGCAGAAGUGCAAGCCCUGCCUGGACUGUGGCCUGAACAACCGCUUCCAGAAGGGCAACUGUUCCACCACCAGAAAUGCUGUGUGCGGAGACUGUCUGCCUGGGUUUUACAGGAAAACUAAGCUGAGCGGAUUCCAAGAUAUGGAGUGCAUACCAUGUGGGGACCCUCCACCUCCAUAUGAACCACACUGCAGCGGGCGGGUGAACCUGGUUCCCAUCCCACCGGUGGUGACCAGCCCUCGGGACAUGGCUCUGGCAGCAGUCAUCUGUAGCGCUCUGGCCACCGUGCUGCUGGCCCUGCUCAUCCUCUGUGUCAUCUACUUCAAGAGACAGCUGCUGGAGAAGAAGCCCAGCGCAUCUCUAAGGUCCCAGGAUGGUCUGUACAGUGGAGCAGAGUUGUCGUGCCUGGACCGACGGAAGCUCCAUGACUUCCCUCAGCGCCCAUGCUGUCAGUGUCACCACGGGCCAGGCCACACCUGUGGCCCAGUGCACCUGAUCCCCUCCCUGUGCUGUGAUGAAAUCUGCAGUCUGGGCCGGAGCAGAGACACCAGCCCCCUCCAGUCCCAGAUCAGCCUCAACGAGGGAUGCUGCAGAAACCCCUGUGAGGAGAACGUCCUGGCCUAUCUGAAAGCCCAUCCAGAGCCCUGCAUCUCCAGAGAGGCUGGCGAGACAUGGCCACUCAUGCAGAAUCCCGACUGUGUCGAGAGCUUGGGAUCGCCCCGCUGCAACCCAGAACCCACAGAGAGGUGCGAUGUGGAGGAAGAGGGCGAGGAGAAAGAGGAAGAGGGGUGCACGUUAAGUCAGUACACACAGGAGAAGCCAACUGAUCAGAGCCAGGAGAAGACUGGUGCCCUGACAGAGGUCCUCCUUCCAAAGCAGCAGCCAUCUUCACUGGAAGGAUGACAUGGAUUUAGUUGGCUCGUGUUCCACCCUUGAACCACCCUGGACCGGAAAACAGUCCAGAAAGAUCCCGUUUCAGAUUACAUUAGCCCACACACCAAUUUCAAAAUAGUGUGUGGCACACAAUCUCUUUCAAGCGGCUUGUGACCCACGGCCUUCCGUCACGCAUCUGAAGCGACUAUGUAAAUAAAUGCAAACAAAAGCACUUCACUGUAAAAUAAAGCACAAGAGCAGAGACAGAAAAGAAAUCUAUGCACAACGCGAUGUUGCCGGGCCAGAGGCUGAUAGAAUGAAGUUCAAAUGAUGACAAAAUGACUGUUGACUGGUACAAAGUAAAUAGAAGCCAUCCCCUUUGUGUCUGAUGUCUGCUUAAGAAUGUCUUACAUCUACUUAUGUAGGUGACUAGCAGCAACAGUAUCACAGAUCUGGCAGAUCUGGACAUACCCAAAUCUAACUGCCUGUAGCUCAGGCCCUGAAGCAAGGAUAUGCAUUUUCUUGGUACCAUUUGAAAGGAAACACUUUGGAGUUU